GAUGGGGGUGGAGGCGGUGCUGCCGGAGGUGCUGCUGGCGGCAGCGGAGGCGGCGGGGGGCUGCGGGAGCUGUGGGCGCUGCUGCUGCUCAACAGCAUGAUUAUUGCGGCGGCGUGCAGCACCUACCACUCCUUCUGCGGCAACGGCGCGCUGCAGUUACGCCCCGACACGCCCGCACUCAAGUCCGCGCUGUGUGCGCGGUGGCUGCCGCCCAUCACAACCACCGCGUACCCGCGCUUCGCGAGCUGGAUGCUGUAUGGCGAGGGCUCUUCCGCCGACAGCACCACCACCGCAGCCCUCGCUGCCAAUGGCACCACCAGCCAGCUCAACAGCAGCACCAGCAGCAGUAAUAGCAGCACCAGCAGCAUCCCCCCCGGCGCUGGCGGGGGGUUGCGGGAGGUGCCGGCUGGCGAGGUGCUGUCCCCGGUGUUCACCAUGUGGAUCACCCUGGUGGUGCUGUACAUAGCCAACAUCCUAGUGGGCCAGCCGGGCAUGCUGGAUGGCAGCAUGCUGGCUGCUGCGGCCCCGGACCGCAGCCACCACUUCCCCGCAGCCGGAGACAGCGGUGGUGGCGGCAGCGGUGUCUUUCGCGGGCUGACCAGCAGCGGCAGCAGCGGCGGCGGUUCGUAUUCCUCCUUGUUCCGUCGUAUUCCGUCGUAUCGGCGGAUGUCGAGCGGCAAGAGGACGUCAGGUACCGGUGGUGGCAGCGGCGGCGGCGGCGGAGGAAGCAUGGGGGCGAUAGCGGGGGAUGGUGCGGUUGGUGGCGGCGGCGGCGGCGGUGGCAGUAGUAGCGACGGCGGUGUACGCAAGGGUGGUCGCUUCCGGAUUUUGGAGGUCAAGCGCCCCAUCAGCAAAUCCGGCUCCGGCGGUGCGCCCACGCGCCCCUCCGCCGCCAGCGCCGUCUCCCUCGCCUCCUCCGUCACCCGCCGCUCCUUCAACUCCCUCACCCGCCUGGCGGGCGCGGGUGCAGUGGGGCUGGGCGGCCUGGCUGCCUCCACGGGCCGGCGCUCCUUCAACUCCCUCACGCGGCUGGCGGCAAGCACGGGGCGACUGAAGCGCGCGGCGGCGGACUACCUGCGGCACUCGCACCCCUACCUGCCAGCACUGCUGGGGAAGGUUCGGGAGGGAAUGGCUGCCCUAGAGCCCAACCACCUAGCAGCCGAGCUAGCAGAGGCUACCGGCAUGCCGCCACACAUGGCGAGAGCACUGACCCGUGGGUCAUCCUACUCCGCACUGCUAACCGCGGCGGAAUUAGACCAGGCGGCGGCGGCAGGCGCGUCGCCUCCGUCGUCGCCGCCUGGCGGCUGGCCAAUGUACGGCAGUGGCUAUGGUUACGGAUACGGCGGGGGCAGCGGGUACGGGUACAACAACCCCAGUGGCGGCGGCGGCGGAAUUACUCCGCCGUACGGCUUGUCUGGGUACGGCAUGAGCGAUUGCGGCGCCGGCGGCGUUGUGGGGCGGCGCGAGUUGGGGUGGGGGUUUCCGUUGCCUCCGGUUUCCACUGACGGGUUCGCGACUCCGACGGCAAUGGCUGCGGCGGGAGGGUCGCCUGCUUCGCUGCUUGCACCACCUCCACCCGCUGCGCAGGUUGGGGUGGCCCAGCCUGAUUUCCUGGACAUGGUUCCCUGGUGGUCUGGGACGAGCGCAGACCUGUUCAAGACGCUGUUUGACCUGAUGGUCUCGCUGAAGCUCUUCCUGGGGCGCUUCGACAUGCGAACCAUGCAGGCCGCCACCGCUGCCUCCAUGGCCGACUCCUUCAACGACACCCCCAGUGAGGGCGACGGCUUCACGUACGAACACUUGGACGACAGGAAGGAGCUCUGGCUGGACUUCAUCGCUGACACCGGCGACGGCGGCAACCCCACCUACGCGGUGGCCUCCGCCCUGGCCGCCCCCGCCCUGCACGUGGCACUGCCGGAGGACAUGGCGGGGCUGGGGCUGGGAGCGGGGGCGGCAAGGGCUGGGGACCAGCAGCAGCAGCAAGAUACGUUGGCAACACAGCAGCAGCAGCAGCAACCGGCGCAGCAAGCGGCGGCGACGGCAGCUGGCAAAGGGCAGUCGGCGGCGGCAGCAGCUACCAAGUCCUCCGACACCGCCCCCUCCACCCUCUACCUCCCCCGGGGUGACGUGCUGGUGCUGGGGGGCGACCUGGCCUACCCAAACCCCUCCCGGGACACCUACCACCAGAGGCUGUUCGGUCCCUUCCAAGCCGCGCUGCCCCCUCCGCCGCACUUCCACCCGGGCAGGCUGGUGGUGCACAAACCCGACCUGCCGCCUGCCUGGGGAGUGCAGGAGGCGGUGCUGCAGGGCGCUGCGGACCUGCGCGGCCUCUCCCCCCGCUCCUCCCGCACCGCCUCCGCGGCGGCACUGCGGAGGUACGGCGGACCCACCGCAUUCGCAAUACCCGGCAACCAUGACUGGAUUGACGGGCUGGAGACCUUCACGCGGGAGAUACAGCACAAGGGCUGGCUGGGCGGCUGGCUGCUGCCGCAGGAGAAGAGCUACUUUGCGUUGCGGCUGCCCGCCGGGUGGUGGCUGUUUGGCUUCGACCUGGCGCUCGUGGGGGACAUCGACAUGCAGCAGUACCGCUACUUCGCCAAUGUGGUGGAGCAGCGCAUGCAGCCGGACGACCAGGUCAUCCUGGUCACCCACGAGCCGCUGUGGCUGCUGGAGUGGUUCUGGCAGAACCGCUCGGGGGCCAACCUGCGGCAGCUGGUGCGGGGCCACCUGCGGGGGCGCGCGCGGCUGCACCUGGCGGGAGACCUGCACUUCUACAUGCGGCACAGCUGGAGGCAGCAGCAGCAGGGGGCGGCAGCGGCAGCGGGGCAGCAGGAGGCGGAGGAGGCCGGCCGCUUCGCUCGCUGCAGCGGCGCCUCGGACGCCUCCGCACACACCGCCCCCGGCGCCGCCGCCACCGCCGCCCCAACAGCUGUACCUACACCCCCCACCGGCGGCGCCGGCGGAUCGAGUGUUCGUUCGGCAGCGUCCCCAACCCCAUCGCCGUCGCCUCCGCUGCCGACGGUGGCUGCUGCAACGGCUCCGCUGCCGGUGCCCUGCGGCCUGCCUCCAACCGCCCUUGGCGUCGCAGGUCGCGGCAGCAGCGCUGACGGCAGCGGAACCGGGGCUGCUGCGGCAGCUGCUGUCGCUGCCGCUGCAGCAGCCGGCAUCACUUUGGGAAGCUCUCCUACCGGUCGUCGCAGCGGCAGCAUCUGCGGAGGCAGCAGUGACGAAGAGGAUGAUGUUUUCCCGUACGGCAACUGCAUGGGACACCGCGGCCGAUCCGUCACCGCCGCCGCCGCCAGCGGUCCCCUGGCCUCCGCCGCCGCCGCCGACCGCUACCGCCACCUGCCUCCCGUCGGCCUGGGCUGCGCCGACGACCGAGCCCUCCUCGGCCCACACGCCCACAGCCUCAGUGCACCCGUGCCGCUGCAAUCCCCCGCCGCCGCCUCCGCUGCUGCUGCGGCGGCGACAGCACCCUUACCUCGUCUACCGCCGUUAAAUAUCUCCCUCACCCGUGGCGGUGGGGGCGCUUCCGCCGCCGCCGCAGGCGGUAGCGACAGCGGUACCGCGCUGUGCCAGGGCUGCCGCGCUCGCGCCUGCUGGUCGCGCCACCCACACGACCCGGAGCACCUGGUGGUGAGCGGUGGCGGGGGCGCCUUCCUGCACCCCACGCAUGUGUUUGCGGGGGCGAGGUUCGCGGCGCCGCAUGACCCGGCGGCGGAUGCGACUGCGGGGCUGUAUGCGGCGGUGUCGCUGCCGUGCACUUGCAGGAUAUACGCCCCAGGCGCAGCCAUGUACGGAGGGCCCCCCGGCAACACCAUAGGGCCCCCCGGCAUGGGCUCGGCAUCUGCAGCUGCGUUGGCGGCGGCAUCCGGCCCCCCACCCUCCUCCUCACGCCCCACCUCGCGCCCCUCCUCCCCUCCGGGCCUCCUCCGCUCCCCUGCUCCUCCCCUGCUGUCCACCUCCACCUCCACCCCCGCCACCACCUCCUCUUCACGACCUGUGAACUCCGGGGGACACCACCAACCGCCGUACAACCAACCCUCCAUGCCCGUGCCCCAUGCAACUGGAGGAGCUGGGGGAUACGGCAUGGGGGGUUAUGGCGGGUACGGCAGAGGUGGCAUGUACGGCAGCGCCGGACUAGCAGCACCGGCAGUAGCUACAGGAAGGGAGAGAGGCGGUUUCGGAGGCGGCUUCGAGGGUGUAAGAGGAGGAGGCGGAGGCGGUGGUGGCGGUCCCUUCUUCUUCGCCUCCCCGAUCAGUCCGGAGGGGGAGUACGUGUGUCGUGCCGCCUACCCCUCGCCGCGCACCUCGCUGCAGCUGGGGCGCAAGAACAUCCACGUGUUCAGGCUGCGGAACACGCGUUUCGAUGUGAUCGGCGGUGUGUUCUACUUCCUGCUGGUGGUGUCGGUGCUGCCCCGCUGCAGCAGGCUGGCAGAGGUGCUGGAGGCGGACACACCGGUUGCCGCGCUGUGGCUGCUGUGGGGCGCCUACCUGGACACGCUGGGCGGCAUCCUGGGGCGCAGCUACGUGUCGGCGGCAGCGCUGGGCCUCAUGUUCGCACUGGCACUAGGGCUAGCCAGGGGAGGCGGCGUGGGCGUCAUCUCCUCCCCCACGCCCUCCCCCACGCCCUCCUCCCGCCCCUCCACAACCAACACCAGCAACAGCAGCACCAACACCGGCUCUGCUGCCGACGUCAUCGUGACCGCCCCCCGCCCGCUGCUCCCCGCGCGUGUGGGGGGUUUCGCGCUGCAGUUGUGUUUCGCUGCCGUACACACGCUCACCCACGUGUCACUAGCUGUCGUACUGCUGCUGCUGCUAGAGCUCGGGGUGGAGACGUGCAUCAAGCAUGAGCGACUGGGAGCGGACGGCCCGCACAGCCUCUACCGCUGGUACCGGGCGUACGAGGAGCAGCACUUCCCCGACCCCAUGGGCCUCCGUGCCUUCCUACAGCGCUGGACGCUGGGGCUCUACCCCUCAGCACUGCAGGCUGCCAUGGGACUGUACGACGUACCCGAGCUCAUCGCGGUAUCCCGUACGGCCAUGUGCGCCGCCGGAGGGUCCCUGGAGCCUCUCUCACGACUGCAGGCUGUGUCGUACUACGGGGGCAUGCUGGCGUACUACUGGCUGCUGGCCACCCCCGCCAUGGGCUUCGUGUUCGGACUCUACCUCUACGUGUCGGUGUGUUGGUUCCAUGUGCACUACGAUGAGGCCUUCUCCUCCCUGCGCGAGGCGGCGUGCAAGUCCUUCGUGCGGCUGCACAUAGGCGCGGCGGGCGACCUGCGGCUGUACGCACUCGCGCUGGAUGAGGUGCCCGCCAGGUGGCAGGAGGACCCCCGCUGGCGCGGCCCCCUGGGUGCAGGUCGGCCGGGUGUGCCCGCGCACGAGGCGCUCUUCCCCUCCCGCUGGCUGCCGGCGCCGCAAGCUCACCGCUCCACUGCAGCGGCGGCAGCGGCGGCGGCCAGGAGGAAUAGGCAUGGUGAGGGUGAGGAGAGAAGGGGAGGGAGGAG